AUAGAGAGAGAGAGAGAGAGAGAGAGAGAGAGAGAGAGAGAGAGAGAGAGAGAGAGAGAGAGAUUAUGGACAAAAAAGAGAGGGCGAAGGAGCGAAGAGAAAAGAGACGCCAAGAGGUCUCUCUUCUCCGCACCAUUCCUUAUUCCGAUCACCAAAGAUGGUGGUCCAUAGACACCAUUGCUGUGGUGACUGGCGCAAAUAGAGGCAUUGGAUUGGAGAUUGUACACCAACUUGCAAUGCAUGGGUUGACAGUUAUUUUGACAUCAAGAGAGACUGGUGUUGGUGAAGAAGCAGCAAGGGUCCUACUGGAAGGAGGGUUGAAUGUGGUGGUCCAUAAACUAGAUAUUGUUGAUCCUUCUUCUAUCAAAAUAUUUGCUGAAUGGAUACAACAAAACUAUGGUGGUAUAGAUAUUCUGGUAAACAAUGCAGGUGUUAAUUUCAAUGUUGGAACAGAAAAUUCAGUCGAAUCUGCUGAAAAGGUUAUUGAAACGAACUACUUUGGCACCAAAAAUAUGAUUAAAGCUAUGAUCCCCUUAAUGAGGCCUUCUGCUUCAGGUGCUCGUAUCGUUAGCGUGAGUUCACGGUUGGGAAGACUUAAUGGCAGGCGCAAUAGAAUUGGAGAUGUCACUUUGAGACAACAACUGGAAGAUAUGAACUUGCUGUCGGAAGAACUUAUUGAUAGGACUGUGACCAAAUUUAUAGAACAAGUAAAAGAUGGCAGUUGGACAUCCUGUGGAUGGCCUCAAGUGUUUACAGACUAUUCAAUGUCAAAACUCGCUGUGAAUGCCUACACUAGGCUAAUGGCAAAGAUACUUUCUGAUCGGCCAGAAGGUCAGAAAAUAUAUAUCAACUGCUACUGCCCAGGUUGGGUGAAGACUGCCAUGACUGGUUGGGCUGGGCACACUACACCCGAGGACGGUGCUGACACUGGAGUCUGGCUUGCCCUGCUUCCAGAGCAGUUUGUGAGGGGCAAGUUUUUUGCUGAGAGACGUGAAAUAAAUUUCUGAAGCAGCCUGGUUGAAGACGGAUCCUGCAUUUGAAUUCAAGUUUCAUCUUCCCUUGGAACAAGAACAUAACUGAAAACAGUUAAACAGAAGGAAUACUGCUGCAAAAGAAAGCUGUCUUGUGAUCCAGCUUUUGGAAAAGAUUGCCUAAUUUAACAGUUAAGUUGGAUCAACCACCACUGUUGGGAGAGAUGGGGAAUGAUUUAUCACGUACUGUUGUCCAUCUCUAGAGGGUAAGGCUGAUUGCAAGGGUGAAAGGAAUGUCUAAUGUUAUGGUAAUCCCGGCUUCCGAUGUUUGGGUUCUGCAUAUUGAUGUGCCCUCCAACAUUGUUAAUUUGAGUUUCGGAAUGGGUAUUGAGCAUCACAAACAAUUGGAGGGCAGCGUUUUGGUACAUUUAGAUUUUGUAAUUGCAGUUGAAACUUGCUUAUGCACCAUCUUGUGUUAAAGAAACCUGGAAGUUCUCGAGAGAAUUUUGAAAUCUCUCUCAUGGCCGUAGUUAGUUCAUAAUCAAAGUAAUUUGCUAAUUUACUAGACUUAAU